AUGAAGGUUCAUGAGUUUUCCAAUGGAUUUUCUUCAUGGGAUCAACAUGACUCGCAAUCAUCCCUUAGCCUAAGCUGCAAACGCCUCCGUCCACUCGCUCCCAAGCUCUCCGGCAGCCCUUCCUCCCCUCCUUCUUCUUCCUCUGGCGUCACUUCCGCCACUUUUGACCUCAAAAGCUUCAUUAGACCCGAUCAAAGUGGUCCAAGAAAAUUUGAAUACCCUCUUGAACACAAACGAGACCUUCCUCAAGUUGAGACGCACCCCGGAGGGACAAGAUGGAAUCCGACUCAAGAACAGAUAGGGAUACUUGAGAUGUUAUACAAAGGUGGUAUGCGUACUCCUAAUGCUCAGCAGAUCGAGCAUAUCACAUUGCAACUCGGUAAGUACGGAAAAAUCGAAGGGAAGAAUGUGUUCUACUGGUUCCAAAACCACAAAGCCCGCGAGAGACAGAAGCAGAAGAGGAGCAACCUCAUCAGCCUAAGUUGCCAAAGCAGUUUCAAGACGACUUGUGUCUCUACCCUGAGUGUAACAGCGAAGACAAGAACAUCAUCAUCACUAGACAUGAUCAGGAGAGAAUCAAUGGUACAAAAGGAGGAGUUAGUGGACGAGAAUGAGUACAAGAGGACAUGUAGAAGCUGGGGUUUUGAGAACUUGGAGAUAGCAAACAGAAGAAACAUAAAUAGUAGUACUAAUGCUACAAUGGCAACUACUUUUAAUAAAAUCAUUGACAAUGUGACCCUUGAGCUUUUCCCUUUGCACCCUGAAGGUAGGUGA